AUGUCUUCUUCCACCCGUCAUCCAUGGAUCUACAACGUGUUCAUAAAUUUCAGAGGACAAGAUACUCGCAGCAGUUUCGUUUCUCAUCUCCAUGCUGCACUCUCAAACGCAGGAAUCAAAACUUUUCUUGACGACAAGGAUCUUCCAAAGGGAAAGGAACUUGGACCAGAACUAAAGAGGGCAAUAGAGGGCUCUCAGAUUUGUAUUGUUGUUUUAUCAGUCAACUAUACAAAGUCUAGCUGGUGUCUUAACGAGCUGCUACAUAUCAUGGAUUGCCGCAAAAAUUAUGGUCAGUUAGUUUUACCAGUAUUUUUCGAGAUUGACCCAUCAUUUGUUCGCUGGCAGACUGGUGAUUUUGGAGAAGCCUUGAAAGUUAGUGCAAGACGUAUCGAAUUUUUUAGUCUAAACAAAAAGAAAGGAGAUCUGUUGAAAAAGUGGAAGACGGCACUCACCGAAGUUGCUAAUCUAUCUGGCUGGAAUUCCACUAGUUUCGGAACUGAAAGUAAUCUAGUGAAGAAAAUUGUUGACGACAUUUUGAGAAAAAUAGAUGUCUCAUUGUUGUCUAUUACUGAAUUUCCCAUUGGAUUGGAUUCCCGUCUGCAAAGUAACAAUAUUAAGAGGGAAACUAGCUCUUAUGUGUUAGACUCAGAUAUCAUUGGAAGAGAAGAUGAUAAAAAAGAAAUUAUAAGCUUGUUGAAGCAACCACAUGGAAAUCAAAAUGUCUCGCUAGUUGCUAUUACUGGGAUUGGCGGUUUGGGAAAGACGGCUCUUGCUCAAUUGGUAUACAAUGAUGCUCAAGUGAAAAAUAUUUUUGAAAAGUGUAUGUGGGUAUGUGUCUCUAAUAACUUUGAUGUCAAAACUAUUGUAAAGAAAAUGCUGGAAUCAUUAACCAAGAGCAAAAUUGAUGAUACGUUAUCAUUGGAUAACUUGCAAAAUAUGCUUCAUGACAAUUUAACUGGGAAGCGAUACUUUUUAGUCCUUGAUGACCUAUGGAACGAAAGUUUUGAAAAAUGGACUCAAUUAAGGACUUAUUUGGUGCGUGGUGCUCAAGGCAGUAAGGUUGUAGUGACAACUCGUACUAAAACUGUAGCGCAGACUAUGGGUAUAACAGACCCUUAUGUUUUGAAUGGUUUGACUCCAGAAGAAUCAUGGGGUUUAUUGAAAAACUUCAUUACAUAUGGGGAUGACACCAAAGGAGUAGUGAACCAAACUCUUGAAUCAAUUGGUAAGAAGAUAGCUGAAAAGUGUCGCGGUGUUCCGCUAGCAAUCAGAACAUUAGGAGGCCUGUUGCAGGGUAAAAGUGAAGAAAGGGAAUGGAAUGAUAUUUUAGAAGGUGAUUUUUGGAAAUCAUGUGAUGAUGAAGAAAGCAUCAUGCCUGUGUUGAAACUGAGUUACCAAAACCUGUCUCCUCAACUACGACAGUGUUUUGUUUACUGUUCUUUAUAUCCUAAAGAUUGGGAAAUAAAGAAGGAUGAGUUGAUUCAACUAUGGAUGGCACAAGGUUAUCUCGAAUGUUCAGAUGAAAACCAGCUCAUGGAAGACAUUGGUAAUCAAAUCGUGAAGAUUUUCUUCAUGAAUUCUUUUUUCCAAGAUGCUGAAACUGAUCGUCUUGGUGAUAUACGUAGUUUCAAAAUGCAUGAUUUAGUACAUGAUCUUGCAAUGCAAUUAUCCGGAAGUAACUGUUGUUAUUUGGAUAGUGCAACAAAAAUACCUGUACGAAGUCCCAUGCAUGUAAUGUUGAAAAGUGAUGCUAUUAGUUUGUUGGAGUCAUUGGAUGCAAGUAGGACACGAACUCUGAUUUUGCUGUCUAACUUUUCAGAGACCUGGAAUGAGAAGGAAUUGUCUGUCAUUUCAAAAUUUGAAAACUUGCGUGUGUUGAAGCUAUCACAUUGUUCUUUAAGUAAGUUGUGUGAUUUAAUCGGAAAAUUGAAGCAUUUAAGAUAUCUUCAUUUACAGUAUUGCGAAGGAUUGGGAAGUCUUUUCUAUUCCAUAAGUAGUAUUGUUUUCUUACAAACACUGAUAUUGGAGGGAUGUAAAGAAGUUGAAUUUUCUACCCAAGAUAUCUCAAAAUUAAUCAAUUUGAGACAUUUUGAUAUUGAAAAUUUUAAAGCUUCUGAACUGAAGAAGACAACAUCUCAAUUUGGAAAAUUGGCGGUGGGAGGACAAUAUAAUAGUGUCAAUUUUUUAAAUUGGUUUUCUUCACUCACAAAUAUUGUUCAAAUCUCUCUAUGUCAAUGUCUAGAUAUGAAGUAUCUCCCACCAAUGGAGCGUCUCCCGUUUCUUAAGUCAUUAUGUAUAUAUCAGCUUCAUGACUUGGAAUUCAUAUAUUAUGAAGAGCCUCUUUUAUCUGAAUCAUUUUUUCCAUCUUUGGUGAAACUCAAAUUUGUUGGAUGUGAAAAGUUGAGGGGAUGGAGGAGGAUGAGGGAUGACGUAAAUGAUGUUGGUAACUCUUCACAGUUAUAUAAUCUCUCCUUUCCUCGUCUUUCUCAAUUAGAAAUUUAUCUAUGUUUGGGUUUGACUCAUAUGCCUACUUUUCCAAAACUUGACAAGACAUUGAGUUUAACACAUUCCAGAGUGGAAACAUUGGAAGCGACGUUAAACAUAACCGCUUCAAAAUGUUUAAUUGAAUUCCCUCCUCUUUCCAUGCUAAAAUACUUAUACUUUGGUGGAUUUGAUCUGAAUGUGAAAAGACUCCCAAAAGAUUGGGUGCAAAAUCUGACUUCUCUAGAGCGUCUUGUUAUUUAUGAUCUUGGAAAUAAAAAAUUUCAAGAAAUUGAGAUUUGGUUUAAGGACGACCUCAACUAUCUUCCUGUCCUGCGAAGAAUUAAAUUUUGGAAUUGUUCACGUCUAAAGACAUUGCCAGAUUGGAUGUGCAACCUCUCUUCACUUCAGCAUAUCACUCUUUUGGAAUGUAAGCGAUUGGCGUCAUUGCCUAAAGGAAUGCCUAGUCUUACCAAAUUACAGACCCUCGAAAUCAUUGCAUGUCCCUUGUUAGUUAAAGAAUGUGAGACAGAAACAAGUGCAACAUGGCCCAAAAUUGCUCACAUCCCAAACAUAAUCUUAAAGAGCUGA